AUGGAGACAAUGGAUCCUACCAGAAAGUUCGUCAAGCAUGUCAAGCGCGUCGUCUUCAAGGUAGGUACUGCAGUAGUUACACGCGAUGAUGGAAGAUUAGCAGUUGGCAGAGUUGGAGCUAUUUUUGAGCAGCUUGAAGAACUCAAUUCUCAAGGCUAUGAAAUAAUUCUAGUGACAUCAGGGGCGGUUGGAGCAGGAAGGCAGAGGCUUAAAUACAGGAGAUUGGUCAACAGCAGUUUUGCCGACCUACAAAAGCCACAAGUUGAAAUUGAUGGAAAGGCUUGUGCAGCUGUUGGGCAGAAUGGUCUUAUGGCUUUAUAUGACAACCUAUUCAGCCAGCUAGAUGUGACAUCUUCCCAACUUCUAGUUACUGAUAAUGAUUUCAAGAGUCCGGAUUUCAGAAUGCAACUUUCUGAAACAGUGGAUACAUUGCUAUCUUUAAGGAGUAUACCUAUCUUUAAUGAAAAUGACGCUAUCAGUACUCGACGAGCCCCAUAUGAGGAUUCUUCUGGCAUAUUCUGGGACAAUGAUAGCUUGGCAGCUCUAUUGGCACUUGAGCUCAAGGCUGACCUUCUUGUUUUGUUAAGUGAUGUAGAGGGCCUUUACAGUGGCCCACCAAGUGAUCCACAUUCAAAGCUAAUCAAUACAUAUAUUAAAGAAAAACACGAAGGCCUAAUAACUUUUGGAGAUAAAUCCCGGGUUGGGAGAGGAGGAAUGCAUGCUAAAGUAAAGGCUGCAGUUCAUGCGGCAGAUUCUGGUACUCCUGUUAUUAUAACCAGUGGUUUUGCUGCAGAUAAUAUCACAAAGGUGCUGCAUGGACAACGAAUUGGUACUCUCUUUCACAAAGAUUCACAUUUGUGGAUUACACUCACUGAUGUUGGUGCACGUGAGAUGGCACUCGCAGCUCGAGAGUGUUCCAGAAAACUUCAGAGCAUUCCUUCACAUGAAAGGAGGAAAAUAUUGUUGGAUAUUGCUACUGCACUAGAGGAGAAGGAAAGUGCAAUUAAGGCUGAGAAUGAUGCUGAUGUUUCUGCAGCACGCAAAGCUGGAUAUGAUGACUCACUAGUUUCUCGUUUACUUUUGAAGCCUGGGAAGAUCGCAGCCCUUGCAAAAUCAAUUCGUACAAUUGCAGAUAUGAAAGAACCCAUCGGUCAAAUAUUGUCGAGAACUGAGCUUGCAGAUGGACUUGUUUUAGAGAAGACAUCAUGUCCUUUGGGUGUCCUGUUGAUUGUUUUUGAAUCUCGACCUGAUGCACUCGUUCAGAUUGCUGCAUUAGCAAUUCGAAGUGGAAAUGGACUCUUGUUGAAAGGAGGCAAAGAGGCUAAUCGCUCAAAUGCUAUCCUUCACAAGAUAAUUACAUCAGUCAUCCCAGAUACUGUUGGUAAAAAACUUAUUGGGAUUGUGACUUCAAGAGAGGAGAUACCUGACCUUCUCAAGCUUGAUGAUGUGAUAGAUCUUGUCAUACCUAGAGGCAGCAAUUAUCUGGUUUCACAAAUCAAGAAUACUACAAAAAUUCCAGUUCUGGGUCAUGCUGAUGGAAUUUGUCAUGUUUACGUAGACAAGUCAGCUAAUAUGGACAUGGCAAGGCAUAUUGUUGUGGAUGCAAAGCUGGAUUAUCCUGCUGCCUGUAAUGCUAUGGAAACACUUCUUGUGCACCAAGAUCUGACAACUAGUACUGGGUUUCAGGAACUUCUUGUAGAAUUGAAACACGAAGGAGUUAGUUUAUAUGGUGGACCGAGAGCAAGUUCUCUGUUCAACAUUGCAUUCGCAGACUCGUUUCACCAUGAGUACAACUCUAAGGCUUGCACAAUAGAAGUUGUGGAUGAUGUGCAAGAUGCCAUUGAUCACAUUCAUAAGCAUGGAAGUGGCCAUACUGAAUGUAUUGUUACGGAGGAUCAAGAAGUUGCUGAAUAUUUCUUACAUCAAGUUGAUAGUGCUGCAGUUUUCCUUAAUGCAAGCACACGCUUCUGCGAUGGGGCGCGUUUUGGACUAGGGGCCGAGGUUGGCAUAAGUACCAGCAAGAUACAUGCUCGAGGUCCAGUAGGAGUUGAAGGACUGCUAACAACAAGAUGGGUGCUUAGAGGUACCGGACAAGUUGUGAAGGGUGACAAAGGGGUUGAUUACACCCACAAGAAGCUAGCCCUUGACUAAACAAGUCAGAAUCUGAACAUUUCGUGGAAAUGAUGCUUGAAAUCCAUCGAGAUUUGUUGUAGUCCUCUUACCGCGGUCAAGGAUGAAGUAUAGUGGCAGAAAGUGAUAUACUUUUAGUUUGGUUUCAUGUUUCUGAGAAAUUUACUUUCAGAGCAUUAUUUAGAGAAUAUUGGAGAGCAAGAGCAUUUUUCAGAGCAUUAUUUAGGUUGGUUUCAUGUUUCUUUCUUGUACAUGUUCUAUUUAGACAAAUCUCAAAGUCCUCCA